AAAAUAAAAACAAAGCUAAAAGCAUGGAAGGCCUCAAAUUUGACUAGUUUUGUGGAAGUGAAGAUUGAUACAAAAAAUAAGGAAUAACAAAUAAGUAGCAAAUAAUAUGAAGCUCUGGAAAAGAGCAGUGGGGGUUCUGAAAGACAAGAGGAGCAUCUACGUGGCCGGCGUAACUCGCCGGACAUCUUACCGGAACCCCCACCUGGAGGCCAUCAUCAUCAAGGCCACGAGUCAUGACGACUCCUUCGUUGACUACAAGAACUUCCAGAGAGUCUACCAGUGGGCACGAACCUCUCCUCUCUACACCAAGCCCUUGAUAUGGUCCCUCUCCAAUCGCAUGGACAAGACCCGAACGUGGGUCGUUGCGCUCAAGGGCUUGAUGUUGAUCCACGGCGUCAUCUGCUGUAAAAUCCCGGCCCUCCAGCGGAUCGGACGGCUACCGUUCGAUCUCUCAAGCUUCACCGACGGGCACACCAAGCCGAGCAAGUCUUGGGGUUUUAAUGCCUUCGUACGUGCUUAUUUUGCGUAUUUGGACCAGAGAUCGUUCCUGGUUUUUUCGGAGACGAAUAGGGCGAAUACGACGUCGUCUUCGAAGACGAUAAGUAGUCUGGCGGAGGAGCUGCGGCGGUUGGUGACGUGGCAGGCCUUGAUGGAUCUUCUUCUCCAGGUGAGGCCCCAAGCGGAGAAUAUGAGGAGAGUUGGGUUGGUUUUCGAGGCCAUGAUAUGUGUUGUCACGGAGGUUUUCGAGGUGCAUGAGAAGAUACGUAAAUCGAUUAGCCAAGCGGUUGCUAGGGCUUAUGAUCACAGCGCGCCACCGCCUGGGACGGUUGAGGUCGGUUUGGCCCGCGGGAUUCUGAGAAAAGCGACGGUUCAAGGGGACGAGCUGUGCUUGUUCUUUGAGCUUUGUAGGGAAAUGGGUGUGCUAAACGCGUCGUUUUGUCCCAAGGUGGAGCGGAUUCCGGCGGAGGAAGACUUUCGAGAGCUUAUGAGGAUCGUAGAUGGGGUUUGUAAUACAAAGGAGGAGUUGAGUUUGGAUCAUCGAGAUCAUCGUGAUCAUGAUCAUGAUCAAAGUCAAGAUCGUGGCACCAUUGUAAUUGUUGAUCAUCGUGAUCAAGAUGAGAGGUCUUCGAAGACUAUAAUUACAGAGAAAUGGGAGAUUUUUGAUGAAGAUCAUCAUCAUCAUCAUCGUCCAGAUUAUAAUCACAGUAAGAGAUCAACGGUGACUGAUCAUUAUGAUUCAAAUCGUCAACUGAUUGUGCUUUCUCAUCCUCCUCCAACACUUGCUCUUCCAGACUUGAUUACUUUCUAGUUUGUAAUAAUUCUUUAAAUAUUAUUGACUUGAAAAGUAAUUAAUUAUGGCUUAAAUAUUAAUUUGCAUUAUUUCUAGCUAUA